UUCUGGCUGUGGCGAAUGACCAGCUGGCAAACACCAACGCGACCCACCUGGUUCGGAGACUUUACGUUUUACAGGAACAUAUGCAAUUGUAUGUACACAGACAUAUCAGAAUACUGUAUCUGGACAUUAAUUAUAAUCAACAAAGAACAAAAAGCAAUGAAUCCGUGCAAACGAAGCGAGAGCGAAUGGCAGGGUCUUGUGAACGAGUUUUUGAUAUGCAAACGGAAAUUGGAAAGCAAGAAGGAAGCCCUGCUAAUUCUUUCCAAGGAGCUGGAUACAUGCCAGCAGGAGAGGGAUCAGUACAAGCUGAUGGCAAACCAACUGAGAGAGCGACACCAGUCACUAAAGAAGAAGUAUACAGAGCUUAUUGAUGGAGACCCUACUCUGCCACCAGAAAAACGGAAACAGGUAAAUCUUGCCCAGCUGUUGAGAGAUGCCCGUGAGCAAAGUAAACAACUGGCAGAUGAAAUGAAGGAGCUGAAGCAGCGAUUGGCAGAAGCCCAGGGGGAUAACAAGCUCCUCAGAAUGACCAUUGCUAAGCAGCGGCUUGGGGAUGAAGAAGUAGGAGCUCGUCACUUUCCAGCCCAUGAGCGUGAGGACCUUGUUAAACAGCUAGAGAAAGCAAGAGAACAGAAUGAAGAUUUAGAGCAUAACCUCCAGGCAAUAACAGAUGAACUUCAAGAUGUGAAAGCUGAGCGAACCUUUUACCAGGAAAAGUCCAAUAGGUUAAACAUAGAACUCAACCAUGUUCUUGGAGGCCAUGAAAAUCGUAUUAUAGACGUAGAUGCCCUGUGCACUGAAAACAGAUAUUUACAUGAAAGACUUAAGCAACUGCAGGAAGAAGUUAACCUUCUCAAAAACAAUGUUGUUAAAUACAAGAAUGCACUUGAACGAAGAAAAAAUUCUAAAACAAAUACACGAUCCAGCAGUAAUGCUCUUACAGGAAUCCUAUCUGCCCGGCAAGUUCAAGAAUUGCUAUCUGAAGAAAAUGGUUGCAGCUUACCAGCUACUCCUCAGUCUAUAUCAGAUUUGAAGUCAUUGGCUACUGCCCUUCUGGAGUCCAUUCAUGAAAAAAACAUGGUUAUUCAACACCAGCGUCAAACAAACAAAAUUCUUGGAAACCGUGUUGCAGAGCUUGAGAAAAAGCUAAAAACAUUAGAAGUUUCCGGUCUGUGGAGUCUUCCAGGCCUGACCUACAAUGUCUCAUUGGGAUUAGGGAGAGGUAAAGAUACUAUUAUGCUAACCGACCCUGUACAAGGUUUCAGUCACAGGCCCUGUUCUCCAGCGUUACAGUUAAUGGCACUGCCCCCACAAAUGAUGUCACAACAAUAUAAAGCAGAUUUGAGGAUAGAAAAUGGGCAAGAUGCUGCAGCUGACCAGAAGCAAGCUGAAUGCACUGGCUCUGAAUGUAUGACAUUUUCCCAGGUAGAACCAGAGGAUGACACAUGUAGCAAUAUCAGUAUAACAUUGGCUGCAACAGAUGAAAUAAUAUUGUCAUCACCCAGUCCUGCCAGUGCUCAAAAUCCAGAAGACCCUGGAAAGAAGAUUGUAAAACUAACUGAAAUGUUGGCAACUUCUGAAUUAGAUUGUAGGGAUAUUAACUGCACAGUAAAGUCACUGGACGCUGAGACUGAAACCAGCACAUCGCUAAAGGAUUCCCCUGAAUUUCUUGAUUCUGAAGUGAAUUUGAUGAAUAUGCACAUUACUCAGGAAGAAAGCAAAUCUGCACUUUAUACAAGAAAUGGUCUUAGAGGUAAUGAGGAAGCUAAAGAUGCAGGAUUACAAUCAAACACUGAAAUGCUAAAGGGUUUUUCUCAAGAAGGCUCUAAAGAAGACAAACAUGAAAAAUAUUUUGAACAAGGUUUAGUAUAGAUCAUCCUCUGUUAUGAGUCUGAUAGGAAGUAAUGAGAAAAGGAAACUCAUCACAGGAAAAUGAUAUGCAAGUCUGAGUUUCACUUUACCUGGAACUUGCUUUUUUAUUUUUGAACCAUUAUUAGCAGAUGUGUCAAUUCCCAACAAGGCUCAGGCUUUCCUUCUUACUGUAAACAGUGAGAAUUACAUAAUGUGCUGGAAAUAUUAUUUGAAGAAAAGCUUUUCUGAAGCAUGCACUACAUUAUACUGUGUUCCUAACAAAACUGUAUUUUUCAAAGACUAGGUUUCUCUUAUAUAAAUAUUUAAUUCAAUUGUUAUAUUUUUAGACUUUUCAGCUUUUCAGAUUUCUUUACCCAAACCAACAUGCUGCCCAGUGUUUCCUUGAUGUAAACUUGAUUAAGAAUAUUUUCUAACCAGCCAGUUUAUGUAAACAUCUGCAUAUACUCCUGAACUACUGAUUUACGUUUUUGCAAAAUCACUGUCUCAAACAUUUUUUCCUUGACAUUUUCCAUGCCUGCACUUCACAGUCCAGGUUAACAGAAACAUGUUCCUUCAGCUGCUUAACACUUUUGUUUGCACUCAUUCUCUGCAGCUGAUUAGCUGCUGAUUUGAAGAAUGAGAUUUAUUAAUGUAGAUAAGCACAUUGAUGAAGAUAUGGGUGGCAUGGUGAAGGUAAAGGUCAUGUACUGUGAAGCUGAAGCUGAACUACCUCAGAUGUACUUGGUCGCAGAGUCUGAAUCUUUCAGGAAGUAUAUCAUGUUCUCUGUGUGUAUAGCUUUUACCAACCAGUUGCUACUAUCAUAUACUGGAUAUACUCUAAAAGGUGUAUAUAUGUGUGUGUAAAUGCUAUAUAUACACUUAAAAACAAUUUUGUCCAUGUUUGUCUUUUAACACUCAUCAUGUGCUCAUUGUCUACAGGUCCAAACUCCAAAGGUUAGACACAAUUAAAUGGUUUUAUUUAGACAGAUUGAUAAUAAAGACUCAUUUGUAAGCACAGUCCUAUAAAUCUGACUAUCAAUCUGAGUACAAGGUAUGGCUUUUUACAUAUCUGAACUUAAAUUUUCCAAACCAAUAUAAAUCAACAGUUUGACUGGAAUCUUUUGAUUGUAAUGACAAGCUUUAAAUCUAAAUAUUUACCUAUAAUUUUAAAGUCUAUAUAGUAAUUUUUACCACAAACAUGUUUACAUACUUUGAAAAAUUCCUACAUUGGAUGAAGCACUUGGCAAUUG